CCAACAUCCGCCUGUAGGAGGACAUGCAAUCUCAGUCGUCGCUCUGAACAGUCGGUGUUUCCAAGACAGGACCCUCAGAUUAGCCAGUGAGCCAGACCCUGCCAACAUCGAACGAACCGCCUUGCCGGACGGUCGGUCCAGAUUUUGAGCCACGCAUUCGGUGCCGGAAGCCAGCACACGAGUCGUCACGACAUCAUCUUGCCUCACAUGCGCAGUCGCCCCGAGCCCGGGCGCUCCGGGAGCGGAAUGCCCGCCGUCGCCGGCCGAGGCAUGUCGUUGGCGGUCGAGUCGUGCCCCGAGUCCGUGCGCUCGAAGGUGAUGUUCGCGAUCAUGUUCGUCGGCUCCCUGGGGUACCUCUGCGAGGCGUUCGCGGUGGAGAUUUUCAUGCCCUCGUUCGGGGAGGGCCAGGACGACGCCCUCCGCGCCUUCUGCAUAUGCAUCGCGGCGCCCGCGCUGCUCGCGUUGCCCCUGACGUUCGUCAUCGCCGAGAGUCCCUGCUUCCUCGCGGUCAAGGGCAGGGCGGAGAGCUGCGCCAGGGUGCUGGACAAGAUCGCAUGGUGGAAUGGUUUGGCGGGGAUGCGCCAGAGCAUCCGCGUCCCACGCGUGCAAGCGUCGCACCUGAACGUGCGGGACGGCACGACCGUGACCAGCUUGGUCUGGUCGACGGCCAUCGCCUUCCUGGCGUACCCUUGGAUCCUGAGCCUGCUCAUCGUGAUCGACAGCAGCCGCUCCUUCUUCAUGUCGGGGUCGUCCUACCUGUGGAAGGACCUUUUCAGCAUGCCGAGCGUGGCCGCGCAGGUGUCGCCGUCCCUGCUGAACGUCAUCGCCAGCCUCUCCCCGCUGGUGGGCCUGCUCCUCGGCGAGCGCAUCGUCAAGAGGCUCGGCGUCCGCACCACCUGCUUGGCCUGCUCCGCCGUCGCUGGGUCCGCGCUCCUCGUUCUGACCUUCGCCACCCUGCGCGGGAUCCCCGCGCUGCUGCUCUGCAUGGUGCUGGCCACCAAGCUCACCUACGGCCCGCUGGGGACGUGCAUCGUCCUCAUGAAACUCGAGGCCUUCCCGACCGAGGUGCGAACCACGAUCUUCUCGUUCAUCAGCAUGUGCGGGAAGCUCUUGUGUUUGUUGGCGCCAACCAUGGUGGAGGUCAUGAGACAUGGAGAGAAGUCCACGGAUUGGACCGAUCGGAACCUCAGCAUUUACAUCUGGUGCCUGAUAGCGACGGCCGCGGCGACGGGCGUCUUCGCGAUCUUCACCGACGGGAGCGCGGACGAGAGGAAGCCCCUCGAGGACUACGUGGACCCCGACACGAACAGGAAGGAUCCUAACGGCACGUCGCUUCCUGCCGGUCGCCAGAACAGCUUCUACGGCAGCUUCUACAACAUCUGGACGCCCACGUCCGCGUCGGCCACCCCGACCUGGAUAGGAGGCGAGCAGCAGCCCAUCUUCGGCGCUUCUGGCAAGAAGAGCUGA